AUACACCAUCAUUAACAUCGGAAAAGGAUGAUUUUAAACAAUUAACUUUAAAUACUUUAAAUAAUAUUGGAUUAUCAAUUGUUGAUUCUUCAUCUACUAAUACUAGUAACAAAAUAUUUCCCAAACAAGAAGAAAUAUUAAAACAACAUCAUCAGAAAUGUAAAAAAUGUGGAUAUAAAGAAUUACAUAAAGGACAAGUAAGAGAAUCAGGUGGAUUAUUAUCACAAAUAUUUAAUGUACAAAAUAGAAUGUUUAUUACAUUAAGUUGUGAUAGAUGUAGUUAUAGUGAAUAUUAUGAAACUUAUCAAAAUAGUUUUUCAGAUUAUUUAACAAUGGCUUUAAAAUAA